AUGGCUGUGGAAACCACAAACAAUGGAGUUAUUCGAGACAUCACAGACCUGGUUAUGGGUGGCACAUCGGCUAUGUUUGCAACUGUAUUCACGAAUCCCAUAGAAGUUGUAAAAACAAGACUACAACUGCAAGGAGAGCUCGCUUCAAAGGGAAAACACACUGUUUUUUAUAAAAAUGUCCCUCAUGCUCUUUAUGUUAUAGCUAGAAGCGAGGGUCUGGUAACAUUGCAGAGUGGAUUACCAGCAAUGAUGGGAUUUCAGUUCUUUUUAAAUACAUUUAGGUUGGGUGUGUACCGUAUAUCUGAACGGCGUGGUAUUACCACAAACAAAGAUGGCCGAACAUCUCUAUUUAAGAGAGCCUUAGCUGCUGGGGCUGGUGGAGCUUUAGGAUCCAUAGCAGGGACACCCUUCUUCCUGGUUAAGACGAGAUUACAAGCUCAAGCUGCACAAGCAAUUGCUGUAGGACAUCAGCAUAAACAUAGUGGCACUUGGAACGCAUUGUCCGAUGUUUAUCAAAGAGAAGGUGUAAAAGGUCUCUUUCGCGGUGUGGGGCCGCAAAUACCUCGUGGUGCUAUAGGCAGUAGUUCACAAAUGGUCAGCUUUGCAUAUGCAAAAGAAUGGCUGACAGAUCACAACUUAUGCAAGUCUCCGCUUCUUCUUUCAUUCAUGGGAGCUAAUUUAGGAGGAAUUGUUAUGACACUCUGUUUGAAUCCUUUUGAUGUGAUUGCUACUAGACUUUCCAAUCAACCUGUGGACUCUCAGAACCGAGGGAAGUUAUACAAAAGUAUGGGAGACUGUUUCAUAAAAAUGUUGAAGUCGGAGGGCGCUAGUGCUUUUUACAAAGGCGUUGGAGCGAAUUAUCUACGUCUUGGUCCUCAUACAGUAUUGCUACUUGUCUGUUGGGAUCAACUGAAGAUAUUAGAGGAAUAUAUGAGAAGAUAG